UUCAGAUCUGACAUAUCCAGUCUGUCUCAAUUAAAUCAAACCCUGAAUUAACAGACCUGUCGAUAUUCCUCGAGCUCAUUCUUGUUCUUCCCCGCCCUUUCCCCGUGCGUGUCAAGAUCAACCCCUCCGUCAUGUCCGCAGAUCCUGUGGUCCCCGAGACAAGGGUCCUGGCGAUUGCCAGUCAUGUAGCCUAUGGAUAUGUCGGGAACAAAAUGGCUACGGCGGUCAUGCAACUACUGGGUUGCGACGUGGCCGCAUUGAACACCGUCCAUUUCAGCAACCACACCGGAUACCGGCAAUUCAAGGGCACGCGCGCCACUGCGGAUGAGAUCACUACCAUCUAUGAAGGCAUGCGCCAGAGCAAUCUCACCGACUUCGAUGUCAUGCUGUCCGGGUACGCCCCCAGCGCCGCUGCCGUGGAGGCGGUCGGAGCUAUUGGCAUGGAUCUCCAGCGUAAGACUGAGAAGAACCCUGGAUCGUUCUUCUGGGUGUUGGACCCUGUCAUGGGAGACCAGGGCCGUCUAUAUGUGAAUGAUGAUGUGGUUCCCGCCUACAAAAAGGUCAUCCAUCAUGCCGACUUGAUUCUACCCAAUCAAUUUGAAGCCGAAGUUCUCUCCGGAGUCAAAAUCACCUCUCUCAGCACCCUCGCCGAAGCCAUCAGCGCAAUCCACAAGACCUACAAUGUCCCCCACGUCAUCAUCACCUCCGUGCAACUAUCCGACCUCACCACCAACCCAUCCACCACUACCUCACCCACCACCCUCACAGUCAUCGGAUCCACGACCCGCUCCGACGGCUCCCCGCGCCUCUUCCGCGUGGACGUCCCCGCCCUAGACUGCUACUUCAGCGGCACAGGCGACAUGUUCGCCGCACUGACAGUCGCGCGACUCCGUGAAGCCGUCUUCGCCGCCUCACCCACUCUCCGAACGACGCGAUCCUGGGUCUCCCCCGACGACGUCAAGGCAACGGAUCUCCCCCUGGCCCAGUCGACCGUCAAGGUCCUGGCCAGCAUGCACAACGUGCUGGAGAAGACCAUGGAGGCGCGCAAUGCGGAGCUAGCCGCCACGCCGACCGCCCCGGACGACGAUGCCCUCGCUCAGGUAGACGCCCAGAAGCGCCUCCAUCUCCGCCAGACGAAAGCCGCGGAGGUGCGCGUGGUGCGGAAUGCGCGGUUCCUCCGUGAGCCUACGGUGGAGUUUCACCCGCAGGAGUGGAAGGAGGAGGAUCUACCUCGGUAGAGCACAUACACUGAAAGUAUAAAAGAUUAAAGACUAGCAUUAGAC